UGCAUCUUAUUGUCAGUGAAUGAUGGCGGAACUGGGUGGCUUGUCAUCAUUCUCGAAAAUUCUGAGGCUAGUGAGCUCUCUCUCCCUCUCCCACUCGCCUUAUUUUCCUUUUCACCACUGCGGGGACUUUUUCUAAUUUGCAGCUUCCCUUUCCCCGACACACACAGAGAGGAGCUGGUGGUUUGCAGACUGCGUCUGUCUGGAGCUAGAGAGCUAGACCCAGCCCGUGGAGAUAAUGCUUGGGGAGAAGGAUUCUGCAGCAAUCCUCAGAGGCUAGACUUGGGUGGUAUCGCUGCAUAGGCACUGACUCCUCACCUUGUUGUCUCUCACCGAAGAAACAUUGAUUGGGAGCUACUCAUUCAGAAAAUUAAAAGAUGAGAAAACUGAAGUUUGAAGAAUGCAAAUGACCUACCCAAGUCCCUCUACUAGGAAACGAAAGAAGCCAGAACAUAUUAUUAACCCUUUGAGAAUACAACAUAACGAAUUUUACCAUUUUACUGCUUCCUUGAGUAGGAGAGGUCGCAGGGCGUGGAAGAAUGGCAGAUGAUCGGAAAGAUGAAGCAAAGGCGCCUCACUGGACCUCCGCUCAACUAACAGAGGCAUCGGCACACCCACAUCCACCUGAGAUUAAGGACCAAGGAGGGGCAGGGGAAGGACUUGUCAGAAGCGCCAAUGGAUUCCCAUACAGGGAGGAUGAAGAGGGCGCCUUUGGAGAACAUGGGUCACAGAGCACCUAUUCAGAUACCAAAGAGAAUGGAAUCAACGGAGAGCUGACCUCAGCUGACAGAGAAACAGCAGAGGAGGUGUCUGCAAGGAUAGUUCAAGUAGUCACAGCAGAAGCUGUCGCGGUCCUGAAAGGUGAACAAGAGAGAGAAGCUCAGCAGAAAGACCAGCCUGCGGCUCUGCCUUUAGCAGCUGAAGAGACAGCUAAUCUGCCUCCUUCUCCACCUCCAUCACCAGCCUCAGAACAGACCAUCACAGUGGAAGAAGGUUUACUUCCAGCCUCGAAGAUGGAGUUCCAUGAUCAACAGGAGUUGACUCCCUCUCCAGCUGAGCCAUUAGACAAGAAGGACAAGGAGUCAGAGAAACAAAGUAAGCCUGGUGAAGACCUUAAACAUGCUGCCUUAGUUUCUCAGCCUGAGACAACUAAAAUUUCUCCUGACAAAAAGGACAUGCAAGGCCCAGAAGAAGAAAAAACACCUCUCACUCUAUUUGGGCAUACUUUUGGUGCCGGGCUCGAAGACACGAAACAGAAGACAGAACCAAGCCUCGUGGUGCCUGGAAUUGGCCUCUCUGCAGAGCCCCCAGCUCCAAAAGAGCAAAAGGACUGGUUCAUCGAAAUGCCAAUGGAAGCCAAAAAGGACGAGUGGGGUUUAGCUGCUCCCAUCUCGCCUGGCCCCCUCACCCCCAUGAAAGGAAAAGAUGUCCUCGAGGAUAUCCCCAGAUGGGAAGGGAAACAGUUUGAUUCUCCCAUGCCCAGUCCCUUUCAGGCUGGCAGCUUCACUCUUCCUUUAGAUGUCAUGAAGAAUGAAAUCGUUGCAGAAGCAUCGCCCUUUGCCCCUGCCCUAUUACAAGCCGAUGACAAAAAAUCUCUGGAAGAAACCAGUGGCCCAGCAACUGCCAAAGACAGUUCUAAAGCUCAAGAGCCCCACAAGGACAAACCUGACAAAAUGGCAGAAGCACCAGCCCCAGAGGCAAUCACCUUACCCAAAGACACCCACAUUCCAACCAUGGAAGAAUGUGUCCCAGGGACAGUUUUAGGAGAGGAGAACGGGGCGAUGAAGCUCGAGAGCGCACAGAAAAAAGAGCAGGAUGCGGGGCUCCCUGAAAAGGAAUCUGUGCUGAAGCUUGAAGAAAAAAUAACCAUUUCUGACACAGAAGCCAUGCCGAAGGAGAGUGAGCCCCCGAAACUGACAGAUGGCGAAACGGGCAUUAUUCAGCCCUGCAUGGAGCACACCCUCUCAAAAGAAGAAGAGAAAGGCCACGAGCCUACCACAGAGCCAUUAAAACAGGACUCAUUCCCUGUCCGUUUGGAGCAAGCAGCGACAGACUCAGCUGUGACCUCUAAGACGCCGGAGAAAGUCACGACCGCACCGGCUGCAGUCCAUGAAAAGAGUGCAGCCCAGGACCUUUUUGAAGACAAAGUUGCAGACAAAGAUAUUAAGCUGGAAGGGGUUGGGGCGGCAGCCACAGCCGAGCUCGACGUGCCGUUUUAUGAAGAUAAGUCGGGAAUGUCCAAGUAUUUUGAAACAUCUGCCUUAAAAGAUGAAGUGACAAAAAGCAUCCAGCCAGGCAGUGAUUACUAUGAACUAAGUGACACCAGAGAAAGCGUCCCAGAGUCUUUCGAGACCGUACCUCCCGUGUGUAAAAACGGAGACCAGGGACUGCAGGCGGCUAAAGAACCCCAGCCCAGUCCCCCGGCACAAGAGACAGGGUACAGCACUCUUGCACAGAGUUAUCCGUCUGAUUUGCCUGAAGAACCCAGUUCUCCUCAAGAAAGAAUGUUUACUAUCGAUCCAAAAGUGUAUGGGGAGAAGCGGGACCUCCACAGUAAGAAUAAGGACGACCUGACGCUGAGCAGGAGUUUAGGACUCGGUGGGAGGUCUGCAAUAGAACAACGGAGCAUGUCCAUCAAUUUGCCCAUGUCUUGCCUGGAUUCCAUAGCCCUUGGAUUUAACUUUGGUCGGGGACACGAUCUCUCUCCUCUGGCUUCGGAUAUUCUAACCAACACCAGUGGAAGCAUGGACGAAGGGGAAGAUUACCUUCCAGCCACAACACCCGCCCUGGAGAAAGCCCCCUGUUUCCCUGUGGAAAGCAAAGAGGAAGAACAGUCAGAGGGGGAAAAAGCUGCUGGGCAGCAGACUACUCAAGUUGAGACCUCCUGUGAGUCACCUUUCUUAGCCAAAGAUUAUUACAAAAAUGGUACUGUCAUGGCGCCUGACCUGCCUGAAAUGCUAGAUCUGGCAGGCACAAGGUCAAGAUUAGCUUCCGUGAGCGCAGAUGCUGAGGUGGCCAGGAGGAAGUCAGUCCCGUCGGAGACUGUGGUUGAGGAGAGUGUGACCGGCUUGCCCCCUGUCACCGAUGAAAACCAUGUCAUCGUAAAAGCAGAUAGUCAGCUUGAAGAGCUGGGUUACUGUGUGUUCAAUAAAUACACAGUCCCACUCCCCUCACCCGUUCAAGACAGUGAGAAUUUGUCAGGGGAGAGUGGCUCCUUUUAUGAAGGCACUGAUGAUAAAAUGCGAAGAGAUCUAGCCACAGACCUUUCCUUGAUCGAGGUAAAACUGGCAGCUGCCGGGAGAGUCAAAGAUGAGUUCGGUGCUGAGAAAGAAGUGUCCCCGCCUAUCUCUGGUGACAAAUCGGGACUGGGUACGGAGUUCGAUCAAGAGGGGAAAGCUAAUGAUAAGCUGGAUACUGUAUUCGAAAAGAGCAAAGAACAUGCUGAUGCGGAAGAACACGCCAAGGCGACAGAAGAGGCCAGUGAUAAAGUUGAAACAUUUGGAUCAGGGGUGACCUACGAGCACGCUUCCACCAAAGAACCGACCGGAUCAAAAGACGCGUCCCCUCCCGCGGCAGAGAAAGCCGAGAAAGGUCUUAGUUCAGUGCCAGAAGUAGCUGAGGUUGAACCGUCCAAAAAAGCUGAACCAGAACUGGAUUUUGUUGCCAAGAAAGCUGACCAGGGUCCAUUAGAUGUGCAAAUCAGUGACUUUGGACAGAUGGCGGCAGGGCUGACUGUCGAUGCGGGAAAGGCAACAGAGCUUAAGCUCGAGGCUGCACAAGAUCUCAUCCCCUUAUCUCCAGCACCUCAGGAGGCAGAUGCAUUUAUGAGUGUUGACUCUGGCCACCUAAAAGAAGGCGUUAAGGUCAGUGAGACGGAGAUCAAGGAGAAGGUGGCCAAGCCGGACCUGGUGCACCAGGAGGCUGUAGACAAGGAAGAGUCCUACGAGUCCAGCGGUGAGCAUGAGAGCCUCACCAUGGAGUCCUUGAAAGCCGAUGAGGGCAAAAAGGAAACCUCCCCAGAGUCCUCUCUCAUUCAAGAUGAGAUCGCCAUCAAAUUGUCGGUAGAGAUACCCUGCGCACCCGCUGUUUCGGAGGCUGACUUAGUCCCAGAUGAGAGAGCGGACGUCCAAAUGGAAUUCAUUCAGCAGCCAGAAGAAGAAAGCCAAGAGACCCCAGAUAUCUCGGUCACGCCCUCCGGCGUCGCAGAGCCCUUCCUGGAAGCCACCGGGGCUGCACCCGCGGAGGCUCAGAGCGAGGAAGAAGAGAUAGAAGCCCGGGGAGAGUAUGAUAAACUGCUCUUCCGCUCUGACACCCUUCAGAUUACCGACCUGGGCGUCCCAGGGGUCAGGGAGGCAUUCGUGGAGACCUGUCCCGGUGAGCACAAAGGCGUGAUUGAGUCCGUUGUGACCAUCGAGGAUGACUUUAUCACCGUGGUGCAAACCACGACGGAUGAAGGGGAGUCGGGUUCGCACAGCGUGCGUUUUGCAGCCCUGGAGCAGCCUGAGGUGGAGAGGAGACCGUCCCCCCGUGCCGAAGAAGAGCUCGAAGUGGAGGAGGCAGCCGAAGCCCAGGCGGAACCCAAGGAGGGCUCCCCGGAGGCUCCAGCUUCCCCUGAGAGAGAAGAGGUGGCCCUCUCGGAGUAUAAGACGGAAACCUAUGACGAUUACAAAGACGAGACCACCAUUGAUGACUCCAUCAUGGAUGCUGACAGCCUCUGGGUGGACACUCAAGAUGAUGAUAGGAGCAUCAUGACAGAACAGUUAGAAACUAUUCCUAAAGAGGAGAAAGCUGAAAAGGAAGCUCGGAGACCAUCUCUUGAGAAACAUAGAAAAGAAAAGCCUUUUAAAACCGGGAGAGGCAGAAUUUCCACUCCUGAAAGAAAAAUAGCUAAAAAGGAACCUAGCACAGUCUCCAGAGAUGAAGUGAGAAGGAAAAAAGCAGUUUAUAAGAAGGCUGAACUUGCUAAAAAAACAGAAGUUCAGGCCCACUCUCCCUCCAGGAAAUUCAUUUUAAAACCUGCUAUCAAAUAUACUAGACCAACUCAUCUCUCCUGUGUUAAGCGGAAAACCACAGCAACAGGUGGUGAAUCAACUCAGGCUUCCAGUGUAUUUAAACAGGCAAAGGACAAAGUCUCUAAUUCUACCUUGUCAAAGAUUCCUGCCUUACAGGGUAGCUCAAAGUCCCCAAGAUCCAGUUCUGCUUGCCUUAGUACGUCUCAAAGGGCUUCAUUUUCUGACAGUUUUUCAAUACAGUCCACCUCAGCAGGCUCCACAGACCGUUUGCCAUACUCAGAAUCAGGGAACAAGGAUGGAGUAACCAAGAGCCCAGAAAAGCGCUCUUCUCUGCCCAGACCCUCCUCCAUCCUCCCUCCUCGUCGUGGUGUGUCAGGAGACAGAGAUGAGAAUUCUUUCUCUCUCAACAGUUCCAUCUCCUCUUCAGCACGGCGGACUACCAGGUCAGAGCCAAUUCGCAGAGCAGGAAAGAGUGGAACUUCCACACCCACUACCCCUGGAUCAACUGCCAUCACUCCUGGCACCCCACCAAGCUAUUCUUCACGCACGCCAGGCACUCCUGGAACCCCAAGCUACCCCAGGACCCCUCACACACCAGGAACCCCUAAAUCUGCCAUCUUGGUGCCCAGUGAGAAGAAAGUUGCCAUCAUACGUACUCCUCCAAAAUCUCCCGCUACUCCGAAGCAGCUUCGGCUUAUUAACCAACCACUGCCAGACCUGAAGAAUGUCAAAUCCAAAAUCGGAUCGACAGACAACAUCAAAUACCAGCCUAAAGGGGGGCAGGUUAGGAUUUUAAACAAGAAGAUUGAUUUUAGCAAGGUUCAGUCCCGAUGUGGUUCCAAGGAUAACAUCAAACAUUCUGCUGGGGGCGGAAAUGUGCAGAUUGUUACCAAGAAGAUAGACCUAAGCCAUGUGACAUCUAAAUGUGGCUCUCUGAAGAACAUCCGCCACAGGCCAGGUGGUGGGCGUGUGAAAAUUGAGAGUGUAAAACUGGAUUUCAAAGAAAAGGCCCAAGCUAAAGUCGGCUCACUGGACAACGCUCACCAUGUCCCCGGAGGUGGCAACGUCAAGAUCGACAGCCAGAAGUUGAACUUCAGAGAGCAUGCGAAGGCCCGUGUGGACCACGGAGCUGAGAUCAUUACGCAGUCCCCAGGCAGAUCCAGCGUGGCAUCCCCCCGACGACUCAGCAAUGUCUCCUCUUCUGGAAGCAUCAACCUCCUUGAAUCCCCUCAGCUUGCCACUUUGGCCGAGGAUGUCACUGCUGCACUCGCUAAGCAGGGUUUGUGAAUAUUUCUCGUUUAGCAUCAGAGUAAUAAUAUUUAGGCAUGAGCUCUUGGCAGGAGUGGGCUCUGAGCAGGUGUUACAUUCAUUCUUUACAAACCAUAAAAUAAAUCAUCUCAUUCCCAAACUGUAGUAAUUGUUACAGUUUUAUAAAAAACAAUGAAUAGUAUAUGCAGAAAUUGACUUGAUUUCCAUUUGCAACAGGAAGACACUGGCUUUACAUGAGUACAAUUGGACAAUUAUUUUUGCUCUGCUCUGUUUUGCAUGGAGUAUUAUAAUUUUAAAAAUUGCAUUUUUACCUUUCAUGUGCCUGAAGGCUAUCCAUACAUUCUGAAAGGCCUUGCUGAAAUCCAAGCUGCUCAUUCCACUAUUCUGUUGCUGGGUGAAAAAAUAAAAGCUGCCCAUUUUAACUUAUUACAGGUUACAUUAAAUCAAGGAGUCUGAUUGCAGGAAGGAAAGAGCAUGUAAGAAAUAAGUUUUUUGGUUUUUUUUUUUUUAAGCGUUAUUUUGUAUAAAUGGAAAGGAAGAUUCAGUUAAGUUAUUAACAUUUGGGACCUGGAUAAUUAUAUCAGAGUAUAAGUCAAUCCAAUAAAUUAUUUAACUAAUUAAAAAUAGUUACAAAGCAUUUGAGCUGUGGUUGAGGAAGCAGUUUAAAAGUGCAUCUCUUAGGAAUGAGGCACUUUCAUUAGGAUGGACUCGUGUCUGAUUAGAAUGUCAGUUGAUCAGCUAGAUUUGUGUCCACACUACAGUUUCACACUCCCUUUCCAUCUGUUUGAUACAGUAUUAUAGAUAUAAAUAUAUAUAUAUUUCUCUGUGGCCAUUUGUGAUACUUCCUCAUAUACUUGAAUAUUAUACUUCCUUAUUCACAGUAUCUGUGUCUCCUGCACCCUUUGGUGUUGCGAUUUUAGGUAUGUGAAAGUAGAUGUUAGCAGGGUUCUUUCCCUAUUUAAAAAAAAAAAAUACAUUAAAAAAGAACAAAAAGUUUUAGCAUGAAGUUGCUUCCUGUAACAACUCAGAGCUGUAACCCUGUUCUAGUGCCAGAUACAAGUCUCUCCCGUGAUGCUAGGAAAAUUUAUUUUUCUUUGCUUUCACCAACAUGGAGUUUGUGGGGGUGGGUCCAGUUAUACAUUAAAAGGGUUUACAGAUUGUUGGUUUAAGAUUUUGGAUUUAUCUCAUUUUGAAUUAUGGAAUACUUUGGGUUUUAUUCCUGUAAUCAUUCAUGAAACAGACUUCUUAAGAUUUUUUUUUUUUUU